AUGAAACGACGCGUCGCGUUUACGCCCGAGCCGUUUCCACCGUUUAUUUUAUCAUUCACUGGAAAUACUGCCAGUCCUAAUGAAAUACGAACAAAAUUAAUUGAUCUGAAAAAUAUUCAUAAAUGUCCAACUACGUGCCGUUUUAACUCAAAGAAAGACUUACUUUUAUUCCCACAAGAUGAUGCAGCACAACAAUAUCUUUCGAUUAACCUUCCUUUAAAUUUAUUUGGUGAUAGUUUCACUUACACAUCACGUACUGCGAAAGUUAUCCAAAAAACGUUUAGCUGUGUAUUGAAAAAUGUUGAUUCAUCUAUAAAUGAAAUCGAUCUUUUAACAGAUAUCCGAGAUAUUGUAUCCGAUGUUGUCGCUGUAUCACGAAUUAAAAAUGCAGCACAAAAUACUCCAACAUCCCUUCUUCGAAUCGAUUUUUCAAAUGAAACUGCUCGUAACGAUCUCUUACAGAAGCGAAAGUUAAUUGUUACACCGUUCACUUACCCUGUGAUUGAAUAUAUUCCACCGGUAAAAAUAAUCCGGUGUUUCAAAUGUCAUUACGCAAACGAAUGUAAUAAUCAAAUAAAAUGUGGAAAAUGUAGUGGUAACCACGGACUAGAUAAUUGUACAAAUACAACUUUGAACUGUCCAAAUUGUGGAGAUGCUCAUAAAGUCACCUAUCCCGGAUGCAAAGUGCGUUUACAAUACAUAAACAAUAUAAAAGCAAAGUCAUAUGCCGAGGCGUUAUCCGCUGCAUCACCACAUCUUUCCUCACAAAACUCUCAACAACAUCCUCUUCAGUCAAACCAACAAACUACGACUGUUGCGUUACGACCCUCUAUCUCAACAACCAAUGAAACAAACCUACUGAGUACUUUAAAAGAUAUCUCAAAAUCGUCAGAGUCGGUUACAGUUGAAAUUAAUCAAAUAAAAUCCUCUUUUUAUGACUAUGAAAAUAUACGUAUUUGUUUGUUUGCGUCAAAAAUUUACUGUAUAGAUCCAGUAUUUUAUUUAUGCAAUGAUACUAAUCACGCACUUGCCAUAUCGUACGAUCAUUUUACGUCAGUUUUGUUCGACAAUGUGUCCCUAUGA